AUGCUGCUUCUUUUGCUUUGCUUGCGCUCCGACUUCCCGCACCCGCAAAGCUGGGCGGCCAGGGUAUUUCUUCUGCCUUUGAAGGCAAUCUCUAAUGCCGAAUACACUUUGGUCGUCUUGGCUCCUGCGAUCUGCUGGAUCACCCUUUUUAUUUGGAGUCGGUUGGAGCUGCCAGAGCAGAAUGGUGCAGCUGGCCAGCGCAUUGCGCACAUUCUUAGGACGAGCCUGUGGGUCAGCUUGGUCUUGGUGGCGCUCACAGCAAGUUUUGGUGGCGAUUUUUCAGUGCGCCUUGUGGCGGCACUCAUAUAUUUUCCUGCUGCAGCACUGUGGCUGGUGUACAGAAGUGAGUGGUGCAAAGGAAGCCGGAGGCUGAUUAGCACAUGGGUUGUGUUCUUGCCGUUCAUCUUCGAGUACAAGUUGAUGUACUGGUGGCUGCGCUUUGCUGGGCUGGAGCAAGCCAGCGAUGCAUACAGACCUUUGCACGAGAAGUAUGCACCUCGAGUACUUCGAUUGCUCGUGGAGCAGGGCGGCGUUUUUGUGAAGAUCGGGCAGAUGCUUUCCCUGCUUCCUGCAGGGGUUUUGCCCGAGGCCUUUACUAACCAGUUCAAAAGUCUCCAGAGCCGCGUCCCUCCACGGCCCGGCGCCGAAGUGAAGCGGCUGGUAUCGGAAGCCCUGGGUCAGCCAAUGAAGUCUGUCUUCAGUCGCUUCGACGAGGUUCCAAUUGGGUCCGCAAGUAUUGGGCAAGUGCACCGUGCCAGAUUGGCAGACACCGGCAGAGAGGUUGUCGUGAAGGUGCAAUAUCCCGAGGUGUCCCAGACGAUCGAGUCAGACUUCACCAACUGUGAGCGCAUUGUGAGGAUCCUCGACAAGACGAAGAUGGAGCAGGUCCGUGAGACGAAAAAGCACUACAUCGACGAGCUGGAUUUCAACAAGGAGGCCCAAAACCUACUGCGCGUCAGGGCUGGCUUGUGCAAGCAGUUCCCUGAGGUGUGCGUUCCAGAGCCAGUGUUGGAAUUCUGCAGACCUACGGUCCUUGUAAUGACGUACUUGACAGGCAGCUCGCUGCUGGACGGUAUCAUGGAUAUGGCACAGGCCAUUGCCAAAAUGCGAGGCAAGAGCGUUGAAGACCUGAUUGCAGAGUGCAGUCAAAGCACAUCACGCGACAAGAAGGAUGCCUCCGAAGCCUUGUCCAAGCAAGACUCCGGCCGCCUCGAUCCGAAGGAAAAGCGAAGAUGGCGCGUCUCCCUGGUAAACAGGAUGCCUUCAAUGCUGCCGAGCAUCUCAGAUUCCACGAAGCUUAAGCUACUUCAGCUCUGCAUGUCCACCUCCCGCUCUGCAAGAAAUUUUGGUGUUGCGCUGUACAACUCCUCCGCUGGGUUACUGGGUGCCAACAAGCUGUCAUACAGCAGAAAUGUAUGUCACUUCGACCCACAGGACAUGAGCCAAAAGCUGUGGCUCGUGCAUGGUCACCAGGUGUUGGUAGAUGGACUCUUCAGCACCGAUCCGCAUCCAGGGAACAUUUUGGUGGGUCCUGGUGGUGGAGUGGGCCUUAUUGACUUUGGCCAGGUCUGUGAGUUGAAACUUCAAGCUCGCGUUCGUUUCGGGCGCCUUUUGCUGGCUCUUGCAAAAGGCUGCGAUACAGCUAUUGCCACUUCUUAUCGUGAGCUGGGAAUGCGAACACAGAGAGAGAAGGAGGGAACUGCGACUAACGAGGAACUCCUAGCCCUCAAUGCACGUAUCAGAUUUGGUCAUGCCUCGGUGCUAAGCCGCGAGACCUACGAGCGUUACCGCUGCCUUUGUGCAGACGAUUCCGUGUUCUGCAGUGAGCCUGACGACAGCCUUGGCAGAAUCGAACGAUUGAUCGCAAUCCUUCGUGGAACAAGCUUUCUGCUUGGCAUUCCAACAGCACAUGGGCCCACAACACUUUGGGUGGACAUGGCCGCGGAACUGGUCGAGGGUUCGCAAACAUGUGAUAUCGAGAGAUGUGCUGGCGGAGAUGAUGUGGUGUGA